GAGACACUCCCAGCCAUCCUGAGAGAGCCGCGGCAAAAGGAUCCCACAGCGCGAUCAUUUCCCACGACCUUUUACCCGGUGGGAGAGAGCUGAUCCAGACUGAGGGAGUCGACAGAUUCGACUCCAACCCCAAGGUUGCUCGAGAAGCUCAGCUAGCGUCUGCAGGGUAAGAGACGAGUACGCCCGUGUAGAGGACCAACUGUCCACUGCCACCCAGACGAUCCACGCCAGUCCCCUCCCUGGACUCUACAGCCCCUGGCGGGCCUGUCCCUGGGCACAGAUUCUCCACCUCGGACGACUUCCAAACCAGGGGGCGUUCUCUGGGGCUAGAGCACGGGGUCCUUGGAGGCGUCUUUAAGGCUUUGGUCCCCGCCCUCAUCGCCCGCCCUCCUCCCUUCUCCCUCCUCCCUCCGCGAGGAUUCAGCGGCUAGGCGCGCGGAGCAGGUGCUGGCCACCGUAUGCGGCUGCCCCGGCAGCGGUAAUAGCGGCGAGGGGCGCUCGCCCGCCCGUUCUCCGGGCCACUCUCAGGCUCCGGCGCGCGGGGACAUGUCGGUGGUGACUGGCGGCGGUGAGGCGGCCGGCGGGGCCGGCGGCGGUGGCGCGCGCGUCUUCUUCCAGAGUCCCCGCGGUGGCACCGCCGGCAGCCCAGGAUCCAGCAGCAGCUCCGGAUCCUCAAGGGAGGACUCGGCGCCGGUGGCUACGGUAGCCGCCGCCGGGCAAGUGCAACAGCAGCAGCGACGCCACCAGCAGGGAAAAGUGACAGUGAAAUACGACCGUAAGGAGCUUCGGAAGCGAUUGGUUCUGGAAGAAUGGAUCGUGGAGCAGCUGGGUCAGCUGUAUGGCUGCGAGGAAGAAGAAAUGCCAGAUGUAGAAAUUGACAUUGACGAUCUUCUUGAUGCUGACAGCGAGGAGGAAAGAGCUUCGAAAUUACAGGAAGCUCUUGUAGACUGCUACAAACCAACAGAGGAAUUUAUCAGAGAGCUGCUCUCCCGGAUAAGAGGCAUGAGGAAGCUGAGCCCUCCGCAGAAGAAGAGCAUAUGAUUUUGCAACAGGGUAAAAUUCUUUCGGAGAUGAAGAAAGCAACUUGAGAUUUGGACUCCACAGAUACUUUUAUUUAAAAAAAUAACCAUAGUUGUCUUUUACAACAACACUUUUUGGUGUGUAUGUGUGUGGGGGGGGUUAGACAUUUAUUCAAAAGUGUUCCUUCUUUUGUUGUUUCAAAAUGUUUUCAUUACUGUAAUAUUUUAAUGGCAAAGCUACUACAACUUGGACUGUAGCCCAACCAAGGACUAUCAAAACACUUGCAUCCACAGGGAUGGGCAAGGCCAGGCGAGUUUUCUGUAAGGACUCAGCUGUAAUUUAGGAUCUCACAAUACAGGGAAGAUGGCUUUCUUACAGUCAGUUGGGUAAGACGUUUUAAGCUGUACAUUUGACGUUGAUGUCAAAACUAUCUUAUGCUUGUAUAUAUUUACAAACACUAAGUUAAAACUAGAGAUGUGAGCUUUGUAUCAGGUUCAUGGAAUAAGCCUGUGCUUUCCUGUAAGAUGUGCUCACAAAACAUGUGCUUUCAAAAAGUCUCCAGACAUUCUUUAGACAAAUGUCGUCCAUCUUAAAACAUCCACUUUCUUCGACAAAGUGAAAGAAUUCGGUGUGUUCGUUAUUAUAAUGAGCCAUACUACACAUAAGUUGAGUUGGUCAAGGGCUUAAUUCAUAAAUUUUAUUAUUUCAUUGGUUGAGAUGCUUCGCCAGGUCAUGUACUUAUUGCCUCAUUGUGGUUUUUUACAGUUUUAUGGACUCUUAAUUUUGAAAACCAGCCUGAUUUACAAUGAAAUGCCUACACUUCCUGAACAGAGUUUUGCAAUCAAGAAAGGAAGCCCCAGGUAGCAACAGGUUCUCUGCUUUCAACGCAAUAUACUGUAUUAUCUCUGUCCAUGAAAGCAGGUCAAAAGGAAACCAACGGGUUGAGCCUCUUCCUUCUUAGAAGCAGAUUCUGGCCUCUUCUGUGCCAGUACCAUGAGUCCAGAAGUGUGAACUGAGUAUUGAGAAAUGUAGAGAUGGGAAGACCCCUCAAGACCUUUGUUGGUUUAGAAGUCUGGUUUCAUCUCUGGUUUCUCUCAGUGGUUCAUGGUCAUGAUUAUGACUUUGAUUUCCAUGUUAGGAGCUAGGUCUAAUGACCUACCCUAACUACAUACCAGCUCUUUGCAUAGAAUUAAAAUUCAUAUGAGAUAUAGGCAGGGUGAAAACUGAGCAAAAAUCCUUCUUUCCUUCCUCCCUCCCUUCCUUCCUUCCUCCCUCCCUUCCUCCCUUCCUCCCUUCCUCUCUUCCUCCCUUCCUCCCUUCCUUCCUUUCAGGAAGCCCCUGCUGCCUCCCCCUGGAAACCCUGCCUGCCGUAAGAAGUCUCCAGGUGGCCCUGUCUGAAAACAGGGACCAGGCAAUUUAUAUCAAGGGUGCUUUGAACAUAUUUUAUUUUUUAAAAGAACUAUGUUUGUGAAUUUUCCGUAUACUGGCAAGCUUUUGAAAAUGUAUUUAAUUUUGUAAUGUUUACCAAUGAUUUAUUUACAAGCUAUUUACUCAAAUAAAGGGAUCUGCUUACAA